ACAAAAUCCAAAAUACAAACAAAGAAACAACAAAAAAAGAAGCAAAGAGUAACGGGACCUUGUUAACAAUUACAACAAACAAGUCGAGUCAAGUCAAGUGUCUUGUCACAUAUUAAUAAAAGUAGCUGAACUGCCCAACCGAAGGUUACGCAAAAAGUUCAAGUUCAACAUUAGCCUGGCAACAAUCCACUGAUAAGAUGAGUGGACGCGACAAUCGAGCCGCCGGCGCCGGCGGUGGCAGCGGUGGAGGUGGCGGCGGCGGUGGUGGCGGAGGCAACCAUCAUCAUCACCAUCAACCGCUGAGCAACGCAAUGGGCAAAUUAAAGGAGAAACUAACCAGAGCCGGUGAGGAGCUGGGCUAUCAUCGUGUCGAAAGCAAUCUGUCGGCAUCGAAUACGGCUACCAGUUUGGACACAAUAUUACCGGAGGAUCCUUUCCCAUUUCCCCAAGCGGCACCGCAACGCCAUCCGCAGCAGCAGUUCCCAUUUCUGCAACAGCAACCACAACAGCAACAGCAACCACAGCAGCAGCAGCAACCACAGCAGCAACAGCAAUUGCAACAGCAUCAUACACAACAUACACAAUAUCAGCAACAACAGCAACAACAGCAACCGUUGCGUCUGUUGCAUGACAUUGAUGACGAGCAGCCGUUAUCAUUUCGGCCACUGCUCGAGGACGAUGACAUUCACGAGCCACCACAAGAAAUACAACAGCAGCAACUGCAACAACAACGUGGCAACUUGCGUGCCAGUGGCAGCUUGGAAUUGACGCCACUGCCACCGCCACCCACAUCCUUGGAGCCGCAUCGCGAUCGCCAGCAGCGCAGCGUUGUGAAUGAGGAGCUGCAGCGCAGCAAGCAAUCGUUGAAGGGUUCGCGUGUCUCCUUUGAGAGGGCGCCGCAACAAAGCAACAGCAACAACAACAGCAAAAACAACAGCAAGACAACUGUUGCCGCUGACGCCAGCGAUGACGAUAGCUUUGAGGAUCGGCGCGUUGGCUACCAGCAGCAGAAGGCGACCAGUGUGGAUCACAAGGGCAUCCUGAAGGAUUUGCGUCACAUACUCGCCAGCGAUAAUCGCCGCCAGUUUCAGGCCAAGAAGCACGUCUCGCUGGACAUUAAGGGCACCCCAUUUUUGCAGGAUCUGCUCAAAGAUUCGUCGUCGGAGGAGGAGUUUCACAAGACCCGUCGCGAGUUCCAGGGUCGCAAGCAUCAGAGUCUCGAUCCACGGGUCACAUUCAAGUUAGACAAAGUAUUACACGGCUCCAGCACCGACAGCGACGAGGAGGGCGAGGACGCCGAGCAUAAGCGUCUGAUACAUCGCCCCAAGGACAUCACCAAGCCAGUCAUUAUCGACCUCAAGGAUCUGGAGAGCGAAAGCGACGAAGAUUUCCUCAGCUCUCGACAGAAUUUCCAACAGCAGCGCUCCAUCAGCACCGAUUCGCGCAAGAGCCGUCGACUCUACGAAAUGGAUGAGAUGGGCAACAAGCGGGGCGAAAAUAUCCGCCAUGCGGUGCCCUUUGUCCGACAAAUUACCGAGGAUGGCAAACCCAAGCUGGAAGUCUACAGACCCACAACGAAUCCCAUCUACAUAUGGACACAGGUGCUCGCUGCGCUAAGCGUCUCCUUGGGCUCCCUAGUUGUGGGUUUCUCCAGUGCCUACACCUCACCCGCCCUGGUCUCCAUGACAGAUCGCAAUUUGACGUCCUUUGACGUGUCCACUGAAGACGCUUCCUGGGUAGGCGGCAUUAUGCCACUUGCUGGCCUCGCUGGCGGCAUUGCUGGCGGUCCACUGAUUGAGUAUCUGGGCAGGCGCAACACGAUUCUGGCUACGGCUGUGCCGUUCAUCAUAUCGUGGCUGCUGAUCGCCUGUGCCGUCAAUGUGCCCAUGGUGCUCUCUGGACGCUUUCUGGCUGGUUUCUGUGUGGGCAUUGCGUCGCUGUCGCUGCCCGUGUAUCUGGGCGAGACUGUGCAGCCGGAAGUGCGUGGCACGUUGGGCUUGCUGCCGACGGCAUUUGGUAAUAUUGGCAUAUUGUUGUGCUUUAUCGCCGGCACGUAUAUGGAUUGGUCAAUGUUGGCGUUCCUCGGCGGCGCAUUGCCGGUGCCGUUUCUCAUUUUGAUGUUCCUCAUCCCGGAGACGCCGCGCUGGUAUGUGAGUCGCGGUCGGGAGGAGCGGGCACGCAAGGCACUCGUUUGGCUGCGUGGCGUGGAGGCCGAUGUCGAGCCGGAGCUGAAGGGUCUGAUGCGCUCCCAGGCGGAUGCCGACAGACAGGCGACACACAAUACAAUGUUGGAGCUACUGAAGCGUAGCAAUCUGAAGCCAUUGUCGAUAUCCCUGGGUCUGAUGUUCUUCCAGCAGUUGAGCGGCAUUAAUGCCGUCAUUUUCUAUACGGUUCAAAUCUUCAAAGAUGCCGGCUCCACUCUCGAUGGCAAUGUGUGCACCAUCAUUGUGGGCACGGUCAACUUUAUAGCAACAUUCAUUGGCAUAUUGCUGAUUGAUCGUGCCGGUCGUAAGAUCUUGUUGUAUGUGUCCAAUAUAGCGAUGAUAUUGACGCUAUUCGUGCUGGGCGGCUUCUUCUAUUGCAAGGCCAACGGCAUGGAUGUGUCCAACGUGGGCCUGUUGCCCUUGUGUUGCUUUGUCGUCUACAUUCUGGGCUUCUCACUGGGCUUUGGUCCCAUUCCCUGGCUGAUGAUGGGCGAGAUUCUGCCGGCCAAAAUACGCGGCUCGGCGGCGUCGGUGGCCACAGCCUUCAAUUGGACCUGCACCUUUGUGGUGACCAAGUCGUUCCUGGACAUGAUAAAAUUGAUUGGCGCACAUGGCGCCUUUUGGCUGUUCGGCGUCAUUUGCUGCAUUGGCAUGUUCUUUGUGAUAUUCUGCGUGCCCGAGACGCAGGGCAAGACGCUCGAGGACAUUGAGCGGAAGAUGAUGGGACGCGUGCGUCGCAUGUCCUCGGUGGCGAACAUUAAGCCAUUGUCCUUUAACAUGUAAACCCAUAAAACCACAACUACAACUACAACUACAACAGCUACAACAGCAGAAAGCAGGAUCUUGAAACGAUCAAACCAAAUAUUAGUCUAGUGCCUUAGUGCUUAAGUUGUACAACUAUCGCUAUCGAUAUCGAUAACAUCGAUAACGAUAAUUAGAGAGAGAGAGAACGCGCAUGUUUUUCUUAACAAAAAAAAGAAUUUCCUUUAUUUCUACAUAUAUAAUUAUUAUUGUUAUUAUGAUUAUUAUUAUUUAUAUCGCUAAGAAACCUCCCCCCACUCCCCACCCCACGUAGUUUUUAUGAUUCUGUAAAUUAUGAGUUUAGCACUAAUUCUGUUGACUAGAUAUGACCGAGACAUGAUAAAGUUUUGUCGCUAUA